CCCAGUAUUGUUGUCUCGGUCAGGCAGACAGAAAGGAUGAGGCCUGCCACUGUCGAACCAACAAACCCACUCUUUACCUGGGCUGAUUAGCACGGCAUGGCCCGGGCUAUGGCUGCACGGAUGACGCAUUUGGACGAGGACCGGCCGGACCUGGUGGAUGAUGUGACCGGGCCGAAGGCAGCGGCUCGGCUCAUCCUGGACCCGGGUGAUCAUCCACCAGAGCCGCUUGGCAGGAGGUUUUCCCACGGGGGAACCGGAGGGUUUAGGUCCGUGGAGAACCUGGCAGAACCUGGUGAAAACAUCCCGGCCAGUUUGGGAACUGGUGAGGCAGAGAGUAGAGGUGCAGCUGAGGAUUCUCUGCUGGAGACAGACCACAUCUGGAAAGCUCUCACCAGUAACUACGGUCAGAAGAUGCCGGUGGACUGGAAACAGUCGGGAACUCGUUCCCUCUACAUCUCCACAUUCAACCUGGAGGAGCAACCCAGAAAGACGGAUUUUGCAGCGGAGCUGUCGGACGAGGAGGAGCUGAGGGAGCAGCUGGACAUGCGCUCCAUCAUCGUCCCCUGUCUGGAAGAGGAGCCCCUCGUCACGGCAGAGCAGGUGAUCGAGGAGAUCGAGGAGAUGAUGCAUGGCUCGCGCGACGUGGACGCAGAGCACACCUCACAGUCGGACCAAACGACGCUCUCUCUGGACAUCCAGCUGUCCCGCCCUGGCUUUGAAGACCGGCUGAGGACUCUGAGCGCUGCGGAGCUGUCAGAGCGUUUAAAGGAGAUGGAGAUGAACACCAAGAAGUUUUCCGAAGAGCUGGUGCAGCAGCUGGCCGUCAGGGACGAGCUGGACUUCGAAAAGGAGGUGAAGAACAUUUUCAUCUCGGUGCUCAUUGACGUGCAGAACCGGCAGAAGGAGCACAGGGAGUCACUGAAGAAGAAGAAGAAGCUUAAAGGUGGAGCUGGGACAGGGCAGGGCGGCGUGGAGAAAACACCAGCGUUGCGCUUCAGCAUGGAGGGAAUCUCUUCCGUUAUUCAAAACAGCUUCCGGCAAACAUUUGGAAGUGGGUGCAGUGAAAGACAGUAUUUGACCACAGUCAUCCCUUAUGAAAAUAAAGGGCACUCACCGUCUACCGAGGACCUCCAGAUCCUGACUAAGAUUCUGCAAGCGAUGAGAGACGACAGCGACAAGGUGCCCGGCCUGCUGACAGAUUAUAUUCUUAAUGCUUUGGUCUGAGCAAUGGACGGAGAGUGUUUUGCCCAACGUAGACCAGAGGGACAGAGCCUGGCUCUGAAAAGACUGCAGUUUACCAUGAUGAUGAAGAUGAAGAGAAGUUGUAUUUCUUGAAAACAUGAAGCACACUUAAAGGGAUAGUUCAAAUCUUUUAAAGUAGGGUUAUAUGAAAAUUUUAUUUUUUAUCUUUUGUGUCUCUUGAAUGGCCUCAGUUGGGAAAAAUAGAGGCAGGGACCAAACUGACAAGCUAACAGCUAGUUAGACCAAAGCUGAGAACAAAGUCGAUUGUUGUCGUAUUAAGCAACCAUCCAUCCUUCCGUCCAUCCAACCAUUAUCUUCCACUUGUUCCAAAGGUUGGUCUCGGGGGC